AUUCGAUUUCGCGAACUAAUCCUGGUAGCGCGGAGCGGUCAGUACGUGUGCCAUUCUGCACCGAGAAAUGGCAGACGACGAGACGCGUUCGGGUAGUAGGCGAGUGAGCACGUUGCCGACGUACGAAGUCGUGUGUGAGGACGCAGUGACAGCUGUGCACGAGUACGCGUUUUAAAUUUGUUAUGAUUAAGAACGUACCGGGUAAGACCGGUCGCCGACCAGCUGCGAGUCCGGAGAAAAAAAGAUCAUUGUAGAUAACGCGUGUCGAUAGUUCUGUGUGAACGGUGCAUUUUUGGUUUUUCGGUUCUCUUGCCUGUUCGGGGGCGUGUUGCAAAUUCUUGACGGGCAAAAAGGGUGUGUGUUUACCGAACCUCUUUGGAUACAACCUGCCACAAGAUGUGGUGUCUUAUUAGCCAAGCGAACUCAGUCAUCCUGGAGGUGCAAGUCGACCCUAAAGCUAUUGGCCAGGAGUGUCUCGAAAAGGUGUGCGAUUGUCUGGGCGUCAGCAAGGAGUGCGACUACUUCGGGCUGAAGUACCAAAACGCGAAGGGCGAGGAGCUUUGGUUGAACCUACGGAAUCCCAUAGAGAGGCAAACCGGAGGCGGUGUGGCGCCGUUGAGGUUCGCGCUGAGGGUUAAGUUUUGGGUACCGCCUCACCUGUUGCUGCAAGAAGCCACCAGACAUCAAUUCUACUUGCACUCGCGCCUGGAGCUAGUGGAAGGUAGACUGAAGGUUUCGGAUUGGGGCUCCGUGGCUCGUCUGGUGGCCCUGAUAGCGCAGGCCGAUGCCGGCGAUUACGAUGUCCUGUCGCCUCCGCACGCACUUUAUUCCCAGUGCUGUCAGAUACAGCCCACGGAGCCGUACGAGCCGAAACCCACCGAUUUUCUGCACCGGAUAAUCCAGCAACACAAGGAAAUCAAGGGCAUGAGAACCUCGACAGCCGAGUAUUGGUUGCUGAAAGAAAUAUCGAAUCUGGACACGUUCGGGCAGGAAAUGUUCCACAGUAAAUUCGGAUACAACGGCGUGUCCAUGAUCGGAGUUGGACCACACGGGAUCACGGUCUAUCGAAGCCAGGACGAGGAAACGCAAAACAUACCGUACACGGCGAUACAAAGCGCGACGUCUCAGCGUCGAAUGUUUCAUUUGGUGUACCUUUCCCUCGAUGGCGAGGAAACGUCGUUGAACUUUAAAUUGGAUUCGAGUCAAUCCGCCAGUGGACUUUACCGAGCGAUCACCGAGAAGCACGCAUUUUACAGUUGCGAGACGGUCAGGAGCGCAGUGACCGCUCAAUUUAUACGAGAUUUGAAGGGCACUAUAAUCUCGAUUUUCAACGAGGACUCGACGCUGGGGAAGAAAUACGUGUUCGACAUUCGCAGAACGUGCAGGGAGGUGUACGAUAACGCGCGACGCGCUUUAUACUGCGAGGCGACGACCAUCAGGUUGCCGGAGGAGAACGAAAUUUUGGAGACGCACGGAUACGCCGGGGACUGCGAGGAUCCCAAGUGCAAGGAAUCUCGGGAAUGUCUGGCGAGAUUAUUGGACGCGAUGCUCUGUCGCAUUUGCAUGGAUCGUAGCCUGGACACCGCCUUGUUCCCGUGCGGACACGCGGUGGCUUGCUUGGAUUGCGCUCGACGUUGCGAGCGUUGUCCGCUUUGUCGGGCGGAUAUCGACCACUGUCGAACGAUAUACCUUCCCAUCGAGCUGACGCACGUCGACAAGCACAAUUCCAAGUCGGUCUCGGAGACCAUCGGGCCCGUGUACGGCGAGACGUCCGCCGACGAGAUACAAAAGAGAAGUUUGAGGACCGAGGCCACGGUGAACGCCAACAGCAUUUGAGAUCGCCGGGCGGAAGGGUCGAGCGUGCUUCGAAGGUUCAUCAGGAUCUUCGGUUGUCGGAUCGAGAGGACGCAUUGAGAUCUAGCGGAACGGAACGGAUCAUUGGAUCGCCACCCUCGACGUUGUAAAUUUUAAUUUCCUACAUUUACUCAAAUUUCCAAUUCCUCCUCGAUCAUUUUCAAACGAUUAUUUUCGCAUCGUUCAUCCGCCCCUUCGUCGUACCCACAGACGCCAUUUUCUUUCUGUUCUUUAUUACGUUUCCUUUGCCAUCGUACUGCGGGGGGGGAAAAAAAGAUUACAACGCGAAGGGGUUAACGUAGUCAGCGUGGAAAGAACAAUUGCUGAUUCGAUUACCAAACGACGUUUUAAAUUUGUUUAGCGUCGCGAUGAAAGAACAAACGAAAAUUCGAUUUUUUUAAAUCUUGAUUUACCUAUCUUACCUAUCUUCGUUUAAUUUGAAUAGUAACGAUGUCGUCACUAUCUUAAUCGAGCGACCGAGAAGUGCUAUUAGCAGCAUUGACCUCCGACGAACAGUGCUGCCGUUAUUUGGACAAAAAGAUAAAGAAGUAGUAUAAUUUAGAUCAUCUCAAGAAAAAAAAAAUUUUUAAAAAAACACGAAAAGACAUUCGACGCGUCGUGUACAGAUUUUUUUUUAUUCUUAUCGACAAUCGGACCAAUAAGUUCUUUUUUUAUUUAAUUGUUGUUUAUAAUACUUCUCGUUACUUUUGUUCCUUUUAGAUAGAUUGUACGCUUUUUCUCUCUCUUUCUCUUUGUUUAUCAACUUUCAUUUAGAUACGGUCUCAGGGCACCCGGGUGAAGAGUUUUAUCGAAACCGGUGACCCUUCAUAUUUUUAAUAUAAUGCCCCGUUAUUCAUUACGCAUACGCAGUAUCGUUUACAAAACGACUGCUAUGACGGCCCUCCUCGUAAAGGACGUUUCAUUUAACGCGAGCACGAGUCUUGAACGACGCCCCGUCUAUGUGUAGAUCGUUGGUUUAUCGCGAAGUUUUCGUUUAUUGCACCGUCGAGACCUUUGUAUAGUUCCGUUCGCGUUCAGAUGUAUAGAUAAUUGCCCGAUAAUCGAGAACUCGUUCGCAAGAGUUAAUUAACGCGUUACGUAUUAUUCCCCACCUCCUCCUCCUCCCUCCCUUCCUCCCUCGUUUGAAACGUCCUAUACGAGAAGGAAUCCUUGUUACAGUAAUAUCUGUUUAUAUGUACAUAAGAAACGAGAUAACCCGCGGUAGGGUCGAGCGAGUAAAAGUCAUGAGUUCACCAAAUGUCAAAUCUGAUUUAACCAGCUAAGCGCGUAUGCCAUCUUUUAAGUAAGUCAUAAUAAAAGAAAUACAUACACGUUACGCUCAUAAACGAUGAUUUACCAAGUUACGAGUCGGCCGAUAUUUCGUUUAUCCAACGGAGGCACGAAAACCAGGCCGGUUUACGGAUCGAAAGGAAAAAGGAUGCGGAGACUUUGGACCGUUCGAAUAUUAAGCGUAUUAUUUAUUUGAAAUUCUCGCGCGUUCAACCAUCCUUCUUUCUUUUCAUCGAUCGGCGGAAAUGCUUUUUAUCGUUACCAUCGUCGAAAAUGAGCGUCGAGCUAGUUGAGACACCUGUGCGUAGCAUUUUAUGAAUCUUGCAUGCGUGUUGGAAGGGAGAAUGAGAAACAAGGAAAUCGUUGUAGUCAUUCAUCAAUGCAAAGCAGACCUAGUUUAUAAUUAUUUAUAAGAAAAAAACAAAAAAAAAAAUAUGGAUAAUAGCGUUUUUACGUGCUACUACGUUUAACGACAGGUUACUUGUCGACAAUCUCGUUAAGUCCAAACGUAGCGUCACUUUUUCUUUUCCCCUGACACGUUCAACGCUUUACGUCUAUUAAUCGACAUCCUUUAGUUUCCUUUAGUAUUUUUAUAUCCUAUCGGUUAAGAGAAUCGUGAUCAACGCUGCCUCUACGAAUCAAAUAUCGAUCUCAGUGAUUCCGUAGUUGUAAAUUCAGCGACAAAUAUAUAUGUACAACCCGUUGAAUUCGAAGCUGGGGAAAGAUAUUAUUCAUGACGAUCAUGAACUGAUUAACGAAACGCAAGGAAAAGAGAAAUAAAAAUUUUAAAUAAAGAUUAUUAUUGUUGUUGGAGCGACGCCGCCAUCGGGCUACUUCCGCGUUGCGGG